AUGUCUGGGUUGCCAGCCGCCCCGGAGCAGGGCCGCCCAGAGCAGGGCGCGCCAGACCAGCUGCGCGCAGGCUUCGUCCUGGGGCUCGACGUGGGCAGCUCCGUGAUCCGCGGCCACGUCUAUGACCGGGCGGCGCGGAUCUGCGGCUCCAGCGCGCAGAAGGUAGAAAGUCUUUAUCCUCAAACUGGCUGGGUGGAAGUUGAUCCUGAUGUUCUCUGGGUUCAGUUUGUUGCUGUAAUAAAAGAAACUGUCAAAGCUGCAGGAAUAGAGAUGAAUCAAAUUGUUGGUCUCGGUAUUUCAACGCAGAGAGCAACAUUUAUUACGUGGAACAAAGAAACAGGAAAUCAUUUUCACAACUUCAUAAGUUGGCAAGACCUACGAGCUGUUGACCUUGUAAAAUCUUGGAAUAGUUCUAUUAUAAUUAAGCUAAUACAUGGUUCCAGUCGACUGCUUCAUUUUUUCACCAGAAGUAAACGACUUUUAGCAGCCAGUUUGUUCACUUUCACGACCCAGCAUGUUUCUUUGAGAUUGGCCUGGGUUUUACAGAACCUGACGGAGGUGCAAAAGGCAGUUGAAGAAGAAAAUUGCUGCUUUGGGACUGUUGAUACGUGGUUGUUACAUAAGCUCACAAAAGGUUCUGAAUAUGCCACAGAUUUUUCAAAUGCCAGUUCAACUGGACUUUUUGACCCAUAUGAGAUGUGUUGGAGCAGGCUCAUUACCUCCUUGCUUUCGAUACCACUCUCUCUCCUGCCUCCCGUGAGGGACACAAGCUACAAUUUUGGAACAGUGGAUGAAGAGAUAUUUGGUGUGCCUAUACCCAUUGUGGCCUUGGUGGCUGACCAGCAGUCAGCCAUGUUUGGAGAGUGCUGCUUCCAAACAGGAGAUGUGAAAUUAACCAUGGGAACUGGUACUUUUUUGGACAUUAAUACUGGAAACAACCCUCAACAGACUGUUGGAGGUUUUUAUCCAUUGAUUGGGUGGAAGAUUGGAGAAGAAGUUGUCUGCUUAGCUGAAGGCAAUGCAGGAGACACCGGUACUGCCAUAAAAUGGGCUCAACAAUUAAAUCUUUUCAUGGAUGCAUCUGAGACUGAAAAAAUGGCCAAAAGUUUAAAAGAUGCAGAAGGAGUUUAUUUUGUUCCAUCUUUUAGUGGAUUGCAGGCUCCGAUGAAUGACCCCCGUGCAUGUGCCUCGUUUAUGGGCUUGAAGCCUUCCACCAGUAAAUACCAUCUCGUACGAGCAAUAUUGGAGUCAAUAGCUUUCAGAAAUAAACAGUUAUAUGACAUAAUGCAGAAAGAGAUCCAUAUUCCUGUAACCAAAAUCCGGGCAGAUGGAGGAGUCUGUAAGAACAGUUUUGUCAUGCAGAUGACCUCAGACCUGAUUAAUCAGAAUAUAGACAGACCUGUUCACACUGACAUGUCCUGCCAAGGUGCAGCUUCUCUAGCUGGUCUUGCUGUUGGAUUUUGGACUGAUAAGGAGGAACUAAAGAAACUGAGGGAAAGUGAGAUGAUUUUCAAGCCACAGAAGAAAUGGCAAGAGUAUGAAAUAAAUAUGGAAAACUGGGUGAAAGCAGUGAAACGCUCCAUGCAUUGGUAUUCCAAGAUGUAG